UGAAUACUGUUACUGAGCACAUCUGUUUACAUCUGUACACUGUUACUGUUCACAUCUGAAUACUGUUACUGAGCACAUCUGUUUACAUCUGUACACUGUUACUGUUCACAUCUGAAUACUGUUACUGAUCACAUCUGUUUACAUCUGUACACUGUUACUGUUCACAUCUGAAUACUGUUACUGAUCACAUCUGUUUACAUCUGUACACUGUUACUGUUCACAUCUGAAUACUGUUACUGAGCACAUCUGUACACUGUUAUUGUUCACAUCUGAAUACUGUUACUGAGCACAUCUGUUUACAUCUGUACACUAUUACUGUUCACAUCUGAAUACUGUUACUGAGCACAUCUGCUUACAUCUGUACACUGUUACUGUUCACAUCUGCUUACAUCUGUACAGUUACUGUUCACAUCUGCUUAUAGAUAGUCUGACAUAAAUUCUUCCCAUGCAUCUGUACUUAUAGAAAUGGGACAUAAAAUAUCAUUACAUUGACAAUUAACUUUGUAGACCAUUCAGCCGUGACAUGGCUGUGUGGGCUAUUAAUGCAGGGAAGUCAGACUGAAGCUGUGCUGAUUCUGCAAACCCUUAUCUCACACCGACCAAACCUUGUGGUCUGCAGCUAAUUGCAACAAUGCAGUAAAUAUGAUUUGAAGUAAUUCAUGCUUAGUAGCCUUGUUUUCAUAAACAUAUAAACUUGAAUAAGAUAUUUCCCCCAUGCUUAUCAAAAAAAUCUAUUAAAUUUGCUUAGUUUAGAGAUUGACUUAACAACAUGCUUUUGGACUGGGAACUGAGACUGCAGUACCCAGCACGCCAUGCAGCGGCAGAAUGUGCAUCCCCGAGCGCGUGAAACACCCCGGCUACCCACCAUGCACCAUCGCCCCUAUGAGUUACUGCUCAUAUAAAAGCAACAUAUUUCUGCUGAACAUAUGAUCUGAAUAAGUUAUUCGCCACUGACAAAUUCACAAUGUGAAUUUUGUAAACAAAAAUUUAGGUUGCAUUGGCAUUCUUCUUCAUAUAGUUAAAACGAAUAAAGGAAGGAUUGAAAUAAAAACAAAUGAAUUCUAUUUACAAAACACUUCCAAAAUACAGACGCAAAUUAGAUAUAUAGUUCUUGGAAAAUAUAACUACACUUUAAGGUACCACAGUUUAACUACAUUUUUAUUUUAUGUGAUAGCAGAUAUAAAAGAGAUGUGAUUUAGCGUAAAAACUUGGGCGCAGUAUUCUCGUCAGACAGAAUUAUUGUUACAUUGAUUCCCCGACGGUUGAUUACUAAUUGAGCAACAAAAUAAACGAAAGGGAAACCAUCUGAAGUUCCUUCAGUAAUUUCUCGCUCAGUGCGAUUUCCGUCUUUAAAGGGCUCCGUCGCGCUUUACGAUUGUCGUUCUUUCUGAUGGUAUUUCCUGAUUCCAUCAUUUUAAGAUUAGGGCUUCAUUGAAAAACCAAGAUCUUAAAACAACUAAGAUUAUCUUCGCCUGCUAAACGGCUAAAUCUGUAAUAGGGAAGUAGGCAGUAGCGUUUUAAGUUCUGAGUCCAUGGCCACUCCUUACGAGACGUUGGACGUUUUCCCCUUUUAUGCUCCUAUGUGUCCAGGAAGCCACAAACAUCGUUGCCUGUAACUGCGACGGAAUCCCGCAUGGAUUUCAAUUCUGUCAACCGGCGUGAGUUUUAUAUCGGUCUGAGCCUGGCGAUCAGCUCCAGCGUCUUCAUCGGCGGGAGCUUCAUCCUGAAGAAGAAGGGUCUGCUGCGGUUAGCGGGCACGGGCUCCACCAGAGCAGGGUCAGGUGGCCAUGCCUACCUAAAGGAAUGGUUAUGGUGGGCAGGACUUAUAUCAAUGGGCUUAGGAGAAGCUGCAAACUUUGCUGCCUACGCUUUUGCGCCUGCAACACUGGUUACACCAUUAGGAGCACUGAGUGUUUUGGUGAGUGCUGUACUGUCAUCCUAUUUUCUGAACGAGAGGCUGAACGUUCAUGGGAAGAUUGGUUGCUUGAUGUGCAUCCUGGGAUCAACAGUGAUGGUCAUACAUGCCCCACAGGAAGAGGAAGUCGCGUCCUUAAGAGCAAUGGCAGAGAAACUUAAAGAUCCAGGUUUCAUUGCAUUUGCUGUGUGCAUAGUGGUGAGCAGCCUUGUCCUCAUCUUCUUGGUCGCACCCCAUUACGGGCAGAAGAACGUUCUAGUAUACAUUGUGAUUUGCUCAAUCAUUGGUUCCUUAUCGGUCUCCUGUGUGAAGGGCCUCGGCCUUGGCAUUAAGGAGUUCUUUGCUGGGACUGCAGUGCUAAAGGACCCCUUGUUCUGGGUCCUACUGGUGAGCCUGGUGGUCUGUGUCAGUGCGCAGAUCAACUACUUGAACAAGGCUCUGGACAUUUUUAACACGUCCAUCGUCACACCCAUCUACUACGUCAUUUUCACCACGGCUGUCAUGGCCUGCUCUGCCAUCCUUUUCAAGGAAUGGCUCCACAUGUCAGCAGAUGGAGCGCUGGGUACCGUCAGUGGCUUCCUUACCAUCAUCCUGGGCAUCUUCCUUCUCCAUGCCUUUAAAGACAUCACCUUCACCUGGGAUAGUCUGCCGAUGUUCCUGCGCCCUCAGAGUUCGCACUGGGGCCAGCCUUACAUGCCUCUGGAUAGUCAGGAGAUGCCUGUUGACAAAAAUGCACUUCCUGCAAGAAAAUGGGUCACGAAAGGAAUAUCUCCAGAGUGCUCUAUCUGAAACAUACAGCGUCAUUCCUACUGAAGAAAUUGCGGGGGAAAAAAAUCUUUCAUAAUAUUGAAUUAACAGGAAGGAUUACGUGCCUUAUAGUGUAACUUUAAAGACUAUAGUCUGAAGUGUUGGUAAGAUACAUUUGGUAGAUUGAAAAUGUAAAAAUUAAUCAUUGUGGAAAUCCUAAAUUUUGUUCUACUUUUUAAUAUAUGAAUUUUCUAGUUUCCUAUUAACAUUUGAUAUUCUGAUUGAAAAAGAAUUGCAAUCAUGUAAAUGAAAAGUCAACAUUUAUUUUAAUUUUAAAACAAACUUCAGUAGGUUGAUAGCAGAAAAAGCAGGUUGUGCAGAUGAUUUAUUUAGCAGAUUUGAUUUUUUUAAAACGUGGAAAACUACUUCUGUCAAGAAAUUUUUACAAGAUAUAUUUGUUUUAGAAAUUAUUUUUGCAUUUAACAAUGACAGAUACAAUCCUCUCUGUGUACUGGGGUCCUGGCUCUGAAUCCACAACCACAUUUG